AUGCCCGAGUGGAAGCCAGCAUAUCUUACCACCCCAGUGACUGCAUCAUUGAUUUUCCUAUCCGUCAUCAAUCUGCUGGUGUCUCCCUGUUCUAUACUUCUAAAUAUCCUUGUAAUAGUUGCGGUCAAAACAUCACCACGGCUGAAAACCAAUCACCACAUUUUGAUGGCGUCUUUAGCUGGAACCGACUUGCUGACAGGCGCCAUAUCGCAACCAUUGGUGAUAGCAGAAGAAAUAUACCUUCUCAAGGGAAAGUCCGUGAAUUCUUACUCAGUUUGCUUUCUGAGAAACGUUUCUGCGAUUACUGCUGUGACUCCUGUUAUUGCUUCUCUUCAACAUUUAGCGCUGCUAAGCAUCGAACGCUAUCUAGCGAUAACAUACCCUUUCAAGUAUCUGGAACUAAUCACCGAGCUUCGCUUGACUGCAAGUGUUGUGACUGUUUGGGCUGUGGCAACUUUGUUGACUGUUAGGACUUCCGUAUACACUGUUAACAAUGCCUUCAUCUUAAAUUUCCGCAGAGUAAUAAUGGUAGCCCGUAUUUCUAUCCUGAUCUUUUGCCAUUUUGCUGUUUAUCGAGAAGCUUGUUCUCAGAUUCUCAAAAUCGCGACUCAACAAAUCUCCACCGAGGCCAGAGAAGUGUUUUCAAAGGAAAAGAAAGCCCUGAACACUACAACAAUGGUUAUUGGAGUAGUUUUUCUUUCGUUUGUGCCUAUGAUAAUUAUUCGACCAGUUUUGAAGUUGCUGAUAGGUCCACCCGCUUGGAAGUUUGUUUUGCUGUACGCCUUUAAAUCACUUGUGCUUUGUAACUCAGUUUGUAAUCCGCUAAUUUACUGCACUAAAAACAAAGAGUUUCGACAAGCUUUCAAAAGAAUACUAGCCAGGCAAAACCAGAGAAAGACCCAAAGAAAAAACCAUUUUGAUCAAAUCUUUAAAAGAAAUAAGAGAAACCAGUGAAAUACUUUUCAAGGUUACUAUAAUAUGGCGAAAUUAUUGAUAGAAAGACUUUUUCCAAAAAAAUACCACGAUUGUGAUGUCGAUCGUUAUAUCCCAACUUUGUGUAAGUGUACGCUUAAUGUCAGGUGUCGAGGGAAACAGUUAGUUUUGUUUUCCCAAGAGUCCUGAUCGUUGCGAGAAAUUUUAGAGAGACAGCGGCAUGACGCGUGGGCAGAUGUAAUUUUUCUUUAGUUUUGAUAAAAUCAAUGAAAAAGUGUUUCCAGAGACGAAAUUGAUUAUUAUUUUGUUUAUUCAUUACAAAAUCAAAAUUUUUUUUACGACAGUUUAUUGUUGUGUUUCUGUCCAAAUGAUUCAGUACACAUUCUUUUCUUUUUAGUAAAUACUUUGGUACAAAUAAGGGAAGAAAGUGAUUUCAUAUCAGUAACGCUUUGUGUUCCACAUCCAAUUUCGUUGACAAACGUUUUGGACGGUGAAAAACUUCCCAUGCUUUAUUAUCCCUAAGCUCUCUAGAUGAGCCCUUUAGGCUCUUGGAGUAAAUUUUGUGAUAAAUAUUGUUUAUAAAGGUUUAAGAAGUCUCUUAAGUUACAACCUUGAUAAUAAACUUAAGUGUAAUCAGCAUCACUAUCAUGUAUCAAUCGAAAACUAGUUUAACUUCAAUGGGUCUCCACUGAUCUAAUGACACAAAGAAUGAAGUGGUCAAGAAUAAAGUGGUCAAAGUUAAAUGAUAGCUAUCAGUUUGGCUGUUUAUUUUAUAUAAUUUUGCCUUUGUUCAAGGAAUAACAUUACGAGUCGGUGUUGCAGUCGACGGUGACCAAAUGGUCAGAUUUAAGGAACGUAAAACAAUAUGGCGGCUCUAACGUAGCCUGAGAAAACAGCCAACAUUUGGCAACGCCAUCACUAGUUUCCCGCCAAAUGACGCCUGAGAAACGAGCGCAGAAAUUGCAUACUGAUGACGCGUCACUACCCAGAUCUGGGUAGUUAGCGGCCUCUGAUUGGUCGUGCCGCGUGGGAAAUUUGAUUCAACUAGGUUAGCUCUAAUGUAAUGAUUUCUUAAAGAAAAGGUUACCAAAAGACAGCGUUAAAAUCAAAGAGAUUCACUCAUAUUAAAAUAGUAGGUUUAUACGUUUAUUUAAACAACAUUUUCUCGGUGCCGUUUUGUAGUUCAGAGAGAAAAAUUUUUUUUAAAUCCAAAUUUACCGAGAAGAACAUAAAUUUGUACGGCUGCAAAACACUCCUGCAAAUUUGUAAUGACAAAACUCUCUGGGUUUUGCUCUUAAAAGUUGUCACUGAUUACUGAAAACUUCUUCUCCAACUCAAAGACACUUUUUCAAUGGCCUUUGAACAUUGUGUUGUUUGGCAGUGAGUUUCUCUUAAAGGGAUCAAAAAGGAGGCAUGAAAGUAACUCAACCUCUUAAACUAAUGGCUUUAAAUUGUCAUUUGUGCAGUACUCCUUACUUGCUAUUUUUCGGGUUAAUUUUCAGUUGCAAUUACCACUGUGACUAUCAUAUCUUCAAUUAAGUUUAGACUAUUUAUUGUUGUGGGAAUCGGUCAGCACGGAUUCAAGCACAUAAAAGAAAAUUAUAACCUAUCACCCUCUUGAGGUAAUGCUUUUCAAUUGUUAUUUCGGCUAGCAUUUAUUACUAACUUUUAGUCGUUGAAAAAUUGCACAAUAUCGAAAUCCAGGAACUUUAAUCCAACCGGAAUCAAUUAGCAAACUGUACAACAACGAAAUGUUUUGCCAAUUUUGUUAGUUAAUUACCGUUGUUAAGUUUUAAAUGCCACACUCUAUUAUAUCUUUGCAUAGCAAACUACCAAUUUUCUCAUUUUAGUCAGAACGUUACGCGCUAUUGUAAAAACUUGUCAUAAACUUUUGCCUUUCAAGGCUGGAACAAUCUUGGUAAGCUAUUCAUCCUGAAUGACAGUUCCAAACGGUUAUCCGGCUUUGGCUGAGCCAAAAAGUUCUGGUGGAAAAUUAUGAGGUACUCGACCAAAUAGGUUCCUGAGGAAAUGAACUAAAUAUGUUACAUUACUUUUAAGAAGUUUCAUUAAGUGACAACUCCAUCAACAAUUCAAAGCAUUUACCAAUAAGUGCAAUCAGCAUCGACAUAUGUAAGAAAACUAUUUGUUAUUCUCUACUGGAAAAAAUUACGUUGGACCUUUAUUAAAUGGCCACCCUUUGAAUACCCGUAAGUUGGCGCUUAAUGGCGACUUGGCCGCUCAAUAGAGGUUUGUCAUAAAUUAAUAUAACAUUAACGUAAUGGCUUUAGCAGAAACAUCGCACUUUAUCUUGAAACAAAAACGCGACGGGAUGCAGCAUCACUGGACAACAAUCGGUUUUCAACUUCCAUCUCGGACUGUAUUUUCCUUAUCAUAUUGGAGGCGUGUGUUGCCGAGUGGUUAACACCUCGAAUUCAGGAUCUGCAGGUCCGGGGUUGAAAGCCUCCCCCGUCGCGUUGUUUCCUUAGACAAGGAACUUUACUCCACUUUGUCUCUCUUCACCCAGGUGUAUAAAUGUGUACCGGUGACAUACUUCUGCGGGGUAACCCUGGAAUGGACUAGCAUCCCGCACAGGGGGAAGUAGCAAUACUCCAAGGCUUGCUUUGCUACAAAAACCAGAAAUAAGCUCCGGCCGUGUGGGCCUUUGGCUCGUGUGCGCCUUUACCUACCUAUUCUUGAAAUAAAGCUAAACAAAAUGUAUCAAGCACUUGAUGGCCGCCUAAUAAAGGUGACAACAAUGGAAGAACUCUCGUUGGGACGGUCAAAGAUGGCCGCGGCCGCUUGAUAGAGCUGGUCUUUUAAAAGACGUUUAAUUCCCCAUUCUAUUCUACAAUUAUCUCGGGACUUUGAUGACUGGCAGCUUAAAAGAGGGUGGUCGCUUAAUGGGUCUUAAUAGAUAUAGUUCCUUUAAAAGUAGUCCAAGUGUACGUCAUUCACCCGUAUAAAACAAACAUCAUCGCGAGUCGAUAUUGCAGUGGAUGGCAAGACUUUAUUUGAAAUUGUAAGGCCUUGAGCAUGAACUCUUCCAAGCAGACAUCGCAGUCAGAUUUGUCAUGCAGUCAGUAUGUCCACGAUGGAAUGCCUGAAUGGCAGCCAUCAUAUCUAACCACCCUAGUGACUGCAUCAAUGAUUUUCAUAUCCGUCAUCAAUUUGAUCGUGUCUCCUUGUACUAUGGUGUUAAAUGCCCUGGUUAUGAUUGCGGUCAAAACGUCGCCAAGACUAAAAAGCAACUACCACAUUUUGCUGGCCUCAUUAGCUGGAACCGACCUAAUGACUGGCGCGAUGGCACAGCCACCUGUUGUUGUAGAACAAAUAUAUCGCCUUUCUGGAAACUCGGCACAUUUCUACAAAGUUUGUCUCCUAAAUAACAUUUCAAGGAUCACCGGUGUAUAUUUUAUCACCGCUUCCAUACUACAUUUGAUGCUACUAAGCGUUGAACGCUACGUCACCAUAACAUAUCCUUACAAAUACCUCGAAAUUAUGACCAAGCGUCGCUUGAUUUCAAGCGCGGUUUUUGCUUGGUCGUUCGCAGCUUUGACUGUUGUGUUAUCUGUUAAAGACAUUUUCCCUUUCUCAUUUCGCGCCUUGUUAAUUGUAAUCAGUAUCUCUAUUCUGAUCUUUUGCCACAUUGCUGUGUAUCGAGAAACUCGCGCUCAGAUGCGUAAAAUAAAAAGUCAACAAGUCUCUAAGGAGGCCAGAGAAGUAUUUUUAAAGGAAAAGAAAGCUAUGAACACCACGAAAGUUAUUAUUGGAGUUGUU